AUGCAGGACAAACUGGACAAGCUCAAGUUCCGUCUGCUGGUGAAGCAAGGACAUAUCGAAAAAGACACCAAGCGUACUGUGGUGGAAAAUGCGGUGCUGCACGAGUAUAUCCAAGAACAGCAUGUUACGAUCGCUACCACACAAGCAGCACUAACGGGACACGUGCACCGAAGUUUAGGAGCUCAGAUGCCGGCUCAGAGCGUGAUUCGUUUAGGCAUGGACCGACAGGAACGGUUCAACACCCUGAUGGCUCUGAAGGACCGAAAAGUGUACGAGGCAGAGCGUUAUCUUGUGGCGCGAACCCAAGGUAUCGAGAAUAGGAUGAAGUACUGUCAAGAGGAGCGUUUCGAAACUAUUGGCGGUGAUAACUGCAUUGUUCGAUUUGAAACCGCACCGAUCCAUGGAGCUAGUGUCAAAGCUGUCUUCGACGCUCUCCUCAAUACUGUGCUAAAUCCUGAGAUGUUUCUCUCUGAGUUGUUUGGAAGCAUUACGAUCCGUGAAGACAGCGACUUCGAGAACUCUGAAUUCGCUCAAGUUCGAUUGGUUUCGUUGAUAUCAUCCGGAGCAACAGUGGAGUCGAACACUGCUGUGUUUUCGAAGCUGGCUGAAGGAGAGAACGGAGAGUAUGGAAUCAUGGCUGAAGACUUUGUGGACUUUGAUGAAUUGCAUCCAUAUCGCGAUAGUGAACGUGUGCGGCGAGAUACCACAACAAUCGUGAUGGUGCGUGCACUCCCGCAAACCAAUGGGGGCUCACCAGUUAUUGUUGUUACCCGUUGGACAUAUUUAAAAAUCCACAACAGCUCCCUGGGUGUUUCUCAGAAUCCGGACACUGAAUUGAUGGAAAGCUCCGUGUGCUGGGGUGAUACUGCACAGAAAUGCAUGGAACAACAGCUCAUGAACGCAGCCAGAUUCAAUUCACCAUAGCCAUUCGAGAGGAUAAGAAAAUAAAAAUUUCAUUCAUGAUGCCC